AUGGAAUCUGACUGGAAGAGGCGCCCAAGGCAAGUUUGUACUUCAUGCCAGCGAAAGAAAAUAAAAUGUGACAAAUGCCGGCCUUGUUCACAGUGUGUUAAGGCUAAGAAAGAAAGUAGCUGUGUCUAUCAAGAUUGGUUGAAUACGACGGUACCGAAAGCUCAUUCUCCAGUUUCGCAAAAGAGAAGGAAAAACUCUUCUAAUAAUUUAAAUAAGAAACCAUGUGGCUCCAUUUUGUCAUUCGACUAUACUCCCGAAGACUCUAGAGUUAGUUCUGACGACAAUAAAAUUCAAACUUCCACCAAAAUGACUUUGAUACCAACGGCCGAAUUGGAAGAAUUAAAACUGAGGCUUCAAGUGCUAGAUGAAAGCUUGAAGAAUUCAGGAAUAACCAAGGUAACCUCCACAAAACAACCUAUUAAUCGUGUCAUAUCGAAGUACUCGUGGCUGGAAGAAGGUGAAAUACCUACCCUCUGUCAAAAUCCAUUUGGCUCUAACAAUGAAGAGAUCAACUUUUAUUCCAACUAUUCCCCAAUAUAUACGUAUUACGAGUCUAGACGUAUCAACUAUGGACCAUUUUCAUGGUUCUCUUUCAUGAGAAAGGAUUCUUAUUUAUUGAUACUUUGGGAAGACAUGGUAAAGAGAAAGAGCGACGGCUUACAAAACGAGCUUCAAGAAAGCUCUACAGAAGAUACUGAAAUGAUGGCAUCAUCAUUUGAAAAUGACAAAACUACCCAUUCUGAAAAGGAAUUUAAGAAAAGAGAAUUAGAAAGUGAAGGAAUAGCAGACACUAUGUCUUAUGAUAGCAUUCUAAAAGUGGGAUUUCAUGAAAGACUAAAAGAUUUACCGGACAAAAAUAGUUGGGCCUUGGGCUUGACAUUUUUUGAUGGACCUUUAAACAAGGAAUUACAAUUAAUAGAUCAAAUUAGAGUCAUAUUACCGAAACAAAGAGUUAUAUGGAAGUUGUUGAAUAGGUUUUUUUCCUGGUUAUACCCCUUUAUGCCUUUCUUGGAUGAAAAAAGCUUCAGAACUGAAAUUUCAAAGAUCAUUGGUCCAGAAGAUUACUUGGAUGCGAAGAUUACGGAUCUCAAAGUGAAAAAGAAGUUGGAUUUGGCUCAAAUAGGCAUAUUACUUAUUGUGCUUCGCUUAACGUAUUUCACUUUGUUUUGUAAUAAUAACUCGAUAAAUGAGAUGAACUUGACAACUCAGGAAUCUUCAGAGGAGGCACAAGAAAUGAAGUACCUACUUUUAAAUCCAAUUAAUAUUAAUUUCAUUGAUGUUGCGCAGUCCUGUUUAUACCAGUUUAAUUUAUGGAAGAGAACUAAUCUCACAGUGCUUCAGUGCGCUCUAUUUUUCAAGUUGUAUCACUUUUAUGCCCCAGAGAGUGGGGACGGUGCUGACGAUAGCGAUUCGGAGCUAUCUCAUGUUUUAUUAAUUCAUAUGGCUUGUUCCAUAGGAUUAAAUAGAGAGCCGACGAGCAUCAAGAAUUUAGAACAAGAGAGACGCACCUUUCAUUUAGGAAGAAAGAUAUGGUUUAUUUUAGUGUACUGGGACAUUUAUUAUUCGUUCACUUUUGGAUCACAAUUACAUACUAGCGCAACAUGUUACGAUACAGAAUUACCUUCUUUCAGUGUUGAUUCUGCAAACACAUCAGAUUUUCAUCUCGAGGAACAAGUAGUAGAAUCUUAUCAUUUUUACCAUAAAUUCUACUCCCACCUCAAAAAGUUAGUCAGCUUAAUUUUGAAAGUUGGUAAACCUGUGAAGUUGAAGGAUUUAACCUCUAAGUUGAGCUCCCUUGAAGAAAUAUGUCAUGAUAUUUUUCAAUCGCCUCAAGCAAACACAACAAUAGGGGAUAUCUCUGUCGGAUAUGUGAGGAAUUAUCGAUCUAAAUUAUGCCUUGAUAUCAAAUGCUUCCUAAUUUCACUUUACUUUCAUCUCUGCUUAUUUUAUGAAGAAAAGAAGAAUGAGGAAUUAUAUUUCUUUUAUUUGAAGAAAAUGCUUUUGAUGUCUACCAGUCAAAUUAUGCCACAUUUUUUCUUAUUGUUAGGAGGUGAUAUCUAUUGUGAUUUUAUUGUUAAUCCAUCUGUUGAGAUGGCAAUACAAAAAUCAAAUCAGGUUCUUUUAGCAGUCCUCUUAAGAAUAAGUUUCCUUCUUCAAAAUUUAAAAUUUGAAAAUGAUCAUAAUAUGAAAAUGCAAAUGGACCAAAACUAUAGACAUUAUUUUUUUAAACUUGGUGAAUUAGCGGGCAAAUUGAAGAAGUGUUCAGAGAUAAGUAUUGCCGCGAGUUCGAAAAUUAGUAAUCGCUAUUACUAUGCUUGGAGGAUUACGAAAGCACAAAGGUUUUUGCACCAAGAGAUAUCUGAUGAAAAUUUUUAUCUUGAUAACUAUGACAAAGGAAACGCAUUAUAUUUCAAUAAGUUGACUAUAUCACAAGUAAAUGAGUUGAUUGAAAUUUGUGAAAAUCCUAUCAAAGAUAUUCUGAAACAAAGAAUGUCAGUACUGGAGACUGAAGGCUUCGAGAGUAAAAAUGCAGAUAGGGCAGCAGUGGGCUCUUUAGAUUUUCAAGAUGGUAUUCAUCUGCCGUAUUUUUCUUUUGAAAGUUAUCCUACAAAAGAUAUUUAUGAUUCGAAUUCUGUCUUCGAUUUCAGUGGCCAAGAUAAUACGAAUGUCGAUAAUCUCUGGGUUCAAACAAUCGCAAAAAAGAACGGAAUUAGUAUUAAUGACUCUUCUGCUAAUGAGGUUGCUUUGAAUGAAUACUCAACGGAAAGCAAUAACAAUAUAUUUGAAUUAAGCAUGGCCUCGUCUUAUGACAUACUUGGAGAACUACCUCUUACAGAGAUCUUUAGGCAAGCCGAUAGUAAUACUUCGAAAGGGAAUUAA